CCAUAGUUCCAGACAGUUCCUCACCUCCACAUGAAAUGGCCGUGUGUCGGAUCCGUCGUCUCGCCCUGGUCUUUGUAUUCAUGAUCUCUGACGUCUGCUGUCGCAGUCAGGUGUUCAGACCUCACCUUGGACAGAAUAUCACUCUGACAUGUCAAGUUUCCAACAAUGCCACCAUCGUAGCUGUAUGGUGGGCCAGACGAGACCUGAAGCCGGAAUAUGUCUUCUAUUACCGGGAUGGGCAGUCUGAUACCGACAUCCAGCAUCCAUCCUUCCAAUGCAGGGUGGAGCUGGCAGAGGGUGAGCUGAAGGAUGGCAACCUGUCCGUGGUCCUGAUGAAUGUGAACAGCAGCGACUAUGGAGAAUACACCUGUGGCUUUAAGGAGCGCAAAGAGGGAAAAAUUGUUAAGAAUGAGUUCACCUGCAACAUCACACUGACAAAACCAGACCAACAUGUGACAGUGCACCCUGGAGAUGACGUCACUCUGAGAUGUGAGGCUGGUAAUGUCUCCAUCUUAGUUGUAGAGUGGACCAGACCUGACCUGGAGUCACAGUACGUCUUCUUUUACAGAGAUGGACUCUCAGACCCAACCAAACAGCAUCCAUCCUUUAAAGGCAGGGUGGAGCUGGUGGACAGAGAGCUGAAGGACGGAGACGUGUCUUUAACGCUGAAGAAUGUGACCAGCAGCGACGCUGGAAGAUACGAGUGUCGAGUUGUAGCAGAUGGAUCAAGACACAGCAAGAGAGCCAUCCUCAAGACUGAUCCAAUCAGAGUCAUCUACCUGGAGGUUACAGGUUCAGAGGAUGGAAACUUCCCUCAUCUAUACGUUGGACUGGCAGCAGGAGGUGUUGCAGUGUUUCUUUUAGCUGCUGCAGUGUUUGUUGCUGUCUGGAGAUAUAAGAGACGUAAGGACCAAAGAUCAGAACGGUCUGCUGCUGAUGAAGCAGGAAACCUGUAAACCAUGUUUACCUCUGCUGUUUGAGACUGUUCACCAUGAUGGUCUGUUUCAGCCAAUCAUGUCUCUCCUCCAUGAAUCACUACCUCAUCAUGUGCACUGAAUGUGAACAGAAUCUCUCAGGUUUUACUGAAAGAUCUGCUCAUAUUUUAUUUUUUAUACAUUAUUUAAAUUUUCAUUUUGCGUGAAUCCUGUUGUUUUGUGUAACGUAUGUGGAGACAUUUCACUCCAGUAAAUAAUUCUCCCUCCACGAAUCACUACCUUAUGGUGGUGGAGGGUUUGUGUUAGGGUUGGGCGAUAAUACGGUAUCCCGCGGUAUCUAAAAAUAGCAACGGUAUCAGUUUCAUUACCGUCAUUAAAAAAAUCUGCCGCACAGAGGCCUAUAGGGGCCUGAUAUAAUAUUACAUAUAAUUUAUCUAUUAACGAUAUAAUAAUGAGUGUUUGUCCAGCACCUGUGUAUGUGUGGUUGAGUUUUCAAUUUAAUACUAAUUACAAUUUAAAACUAAUAAUAGGCUAUAACGUUUCUCUUAUAACUGCCCUUAACUGUUGUCGGGAGAUGAUGUGGCGCACCUGAAAUAGUUUGACCAGUUAAACUUAUGACUGAGAGCUGGGAAUUUCUGACCUCCGAGUACAAUAAUAAACCACAACUACCUCCGCUAAAAUGUCAGCCUUUAUUUAUGUGAGUGUUUGCUGGAAGAAUGGAGUGUUUGUAGCGACUUUAACAUGCAUAAAAGAGCAGUGAAAGGAGUUAGUUUAUAGGAGUUUGAGGUGGCGCCAUUUUGUGCCACAAACGUGACGGAGAGGUGUUAAGUGUUUAAGGGCUCCUGCACACUGUGAAUAUUUCAAAAAUAUAUUGUUUGUAAUUAAGAUGCACUUUACUUAAUAUGGACUUGGUUAACACUUAAAGAUUGAAACAGUUCAUUGAAUGCUGAUUGUUUAUGAUGUGAUGAAGUGUGUUUCCUUCUGAAACUUCUAAAACAUGUAACAUAAGCAUUACAUAGUAUUUAAUUUCAGUGGCCUGUAAUUAUUAUAGAAGUUUAAUGAAAGGUUUUACUUUAAUGUACAAGUCAACAGUUUGUGUUUACCACAGAAAUUGUAAAUGGAUGCUUUAGUGAAACUGUAAGAAUUGUGAGAUACUGAAAGUCAUGGACUGAACAAAGGGAAGAGACUGAAAAGAACAAAAGAAACUGAAUUGCAUAGAACUGAAAUCUUUUGUUUACAUGUAACUUGUUAAUAAAACAACCAGGAGAAGCAAUAUGGAAGGAAACGCAGCGCACCUUGUCCUCAUUGCCUCUGUUCUACCUGCUUCAUACAGGUUUACACAUUUUUUACUGUGGCACUCAUUCCUGAGACCCGUAACAAUGACAUUUGAUAAAGUUUUUGGAUGUGACGUCGUCACGUGACAGCUCAGAUGUGAGAAAGAGAAGAAAAGAUGGCAAGCCGCGCAUCAAGCGAGUUCCUUUUCAACGAAAAGUAGCCUGUUCUGACGGACAAAACAGUUUGGACUUGGCUCUAAAAAUAAACCAACGAAUAGUAUUUCCCGUUGAUAGGAUUAUAUAUGCCCAUUUUCGGUUAUGUUGCUACGUCAUCUCCUUCUUCUUCUGGGUGAAAGCCCACAAAAAAAAAAGUGUAGCAUGCGCAGAACACGGAGCCCGACUCCAGUCAGAUUAAGUGGAUACAUGCAGCAAUAGUUCCAUUUUCAAUCUGGCCUCUCAAUCUGGUCCCAGUGGAGGACCAGACUGAACGUAAUUCAUUUCUCAUGUCCUCCAUGAAUCCCUGCCUCAUCGUGCGCAGUGAGCGUGAACAGAAUCUGACAGGUUUUUACAAACAGAUCUGCUCUUAUUUUAUUUUAUACAUUAUUGCAUUAUUCGUGUUUGAUAGAUCCUGUUGUUUUGUGUCAACUGUUCCUGUAAAGACAUUUUACUGAAGUAAAAGUACUUUAGUGAAUUCUUCACAUUUAUGGACAUUUUGUUCCUGAGAUUCUUAUUUUGAAAUCUUGUUUUGCAUCGCAGGUUACUUCCGUGUCUUUCACUCCGUGCAUUCUGCAGUGCAAUUGUCUGUGGUGCAGAAGUCACUGAUGAUGUAAGUCUGGUUUUGCUGCUAGUGAUGGAUACUCGCUUCCUUUUUCUGUAUGAGUCAUGAGUCACUCACUAAAGUGAAUCGGGUUCUCGAGGUACUUGAUUGACUUGGUUGAGUUGAAAUGAGGUGUGUUGCUUCUCCCACUGGACUAUUACACAUUAACACAUUAUGUUGCUAUAUUCACACAAAUGCAGUUAACAAUUGCACAAUAGUCACAUGUUGCCUGGUCUCCUUUUCGCAGUUAGCUUGUGGUAGCAGGGGCGAGUCAGUGAAUGAGUUAAUGGAGACGAGUCAGUAAAAAGAAUCUCACGUUUCAAACGAUUCGUUCAUGACUCGCACAUGACUAAUUGCUGCUAAGGUGUUCAUAUGGCCAAAUGGCUUGGUUAUUUCUCUGUGUUUUAUGAUGUUAGAUGUGCUGUUGCACUGUUGUAAUGUUGGUAAGGUUUGAAGCAGUAAUUGUGUAUUAGCCCAGUGUUGAGCUAACUGAGUAGCCUAGCUGGCUUGCCGGUGCCAUUGUGAUUGUGGAUGCACUAUUAAUGUGGUUUCUGUGUGAGGCUAAAGUAACAGUGGCCACUGUCACAGUUUGUAUGUAGUGAAGUACUCACAUAGAACGUAUGCAGAACAUAUAUGAUAAUGUAUAAAUGCCUUUAGUUAAUGCUGGGUAUUUGACCGAGGUGAAGUUAGUUUGACGUUGGAUAUUCAACGGAUAUUCUGAUAUUCAUGCUUGCCGGCUUGUCCUCCUCACAUUUCUUCCGUCCUCCUGCGUGCUGACGUGGGACGUAUCCCGCCUCUCAUUAACUGGUGCUCUUUGUCAGUCGUAUCAGACCUCUCCAGUUUUCUAGCAUGCCAGAUAUCCAGUCCCAGUCUCAGACGAGGGGACGACUGGCUCGGAGGCUUGUUCACACAUGAGGGCAGUCUACCUGCCGACUCACCUCCGACCCAACGUGGCUCUCAAGAUCCUCGGCGACGUCAAAAUCGUGGUGAAAAUUGUGUAAUGUGAACUAGGCUUAAGGCACACCUCUUUCUAAAUGGGUUUCAUGCUCUUUCUAUUUUAUAUGAAUGUUUUAAACAAACUCCAUUUGUUUUUUAGUGAAAAAGUCUAUUUUCAUCAAUAGCUUUCACGUUACAUUAUUUGACAUUAUGCACUCUUAAGCUGCACCGUGUACAGUUCCUCACUCUGCCAGUGAAGAGCUUAAAUCUGAUCGAUGACUGUGUGCUCCCUGACUGUAGCGGUCAAUAUCUCAACUCACCUGUUUUAAAGGGUUAAUCCCAACAAGUACUGUAAAUAUAAAAACAUUUUUGUGGAGUAAAUAAUUCUGUUUGUGUGCCUGUUGAUCAUGAAAGCUGUGCUGUGUGUAACACUAGUAAAGCCUCCCAGAGCAAACUGGUCCAAAAUAUUUUUUAUCAAUAAAUAAUACUAAAAACAACAAGUGCUGAAAGCUACUGAGCCUCCAGUGUUUCUAAAUCUCUUCAUCUGAAGCCUUUAAUCAAUAACACAACACUGAGGAACAGAAGACAUGCUGACUUCAUGUCACUGAUGACAUGUUACAGUGUAUGUGUUACUGUAACAGCUGAUCAUUGAGGUUUUUAAGGCCAAACAGCUGCUCAGUGUCAUUAAUGUGAAAGAAGUGAUGUUGUUACAGUGUGUGUGCAGAAUAAGUCAGACAGGAGGCCUCGGCUUUAUAUCAUGACUUUUAAACAAUGUGCUGAAGAAAACUUAAAUGUGUUUAACUGAAGCUCUGUAACUGACACAUGAAGCUGACCUGUCUGGACCUGUCACUGUCAUCAGACAUGAUUAAAUGGAGGUUAAUGCUGCUGCUCACAGUGUUCACUCUGCCCCUCCCCCACCAUCUCACUCUGAGACAGGAAGU